UUAUAAGCCUGUUUAGACCUAUUUCACAAAUAUGGUUCUGCCAAAUAUGGUUCUGUUCAUUAUUGUGUAUGGCAGUUGUUGGUUAAGUUUUGUUUUGUUCAUUGUUUUGGUUGUGCAAGGUGUAGAUUCUUUGGAGUAGUUCAUCAAUUGCUUGGAAGAAAACUUUUUUGUGUGUCAAACAUCAUAUGUUUUUAUCUGAUGUGCAUGGUGUGUUUGAAGUCUGAAUUCUGGGAAUGCUUUUUGUUUCGUAUAAUUUUUAAGUAUUGGAAAUCAUUUAGUUGAAAAGAGUUUCACAUCAUUUUAAUGUACUUUAAUGUGUAACAUGCAAGAAGCAUGAAAUGUGUGUUUGAAAUCUGAAUUUUUUCAAUGCCGAAUGGUUAAGUUGAUUUUAUGUGAUUUUAGGUGAUUACAAUGCACGAUUUUCAUUGUGUUUUGGUCAAUUAUUUUUUUAUAUAUAGUGUAUUUGCUGAAAUAUGUAGUCCUUAACGUUUAAAUUUGUUUAUCUUUAAUUUGGUUAGGUUCAUCAUACAUGGCUGGGAAACGCAAAAGGAAAUGGGGAAAUGAACCCAUAAAGAAGGAUGUCACUCCCGAGCCGAACGAUAAUGCGGUUGCUUGGAGAAAUUUCUUCAAUGCGAACUACAAAGCUCUUCGAGCAGCUGAGAAGGGAUUAACUGAGAAAGAGGCUACCGACAAAUUGAAAGUGCAAUAUAAAGGUUUCACCAACGAGGAGAAGUCUGAGUGGAGAAGCUAUGACCCUAACCCUACUCCCGCUAAGAAGGCAGUGCAAACAAGGGGGAGGAAACCAAAGGCAGCUGAUGGCAAGGGGAAGAAAGUGGAGGUGGAUGAGGAAGAGGUUGCUCCUGAAAGUGAAGAAGCAUCUGUGUACGGUCGAUGCUCCUUCAACCGUUUAAUUAGGAUUUGCAAGAACCUGAACCUGGAGCAGAAAGAUGUGAUCCAAAAUGCUGGAUUUGGAUCAUUCAUCAGAGAGGAUGCACCAUACAUUGACACCCGACUAGUGAGUUGGUUAAUCAAACAUGUUGAACCAACCAGUAGCAUACUGGAUUUGUAUGGGAGGAAAAUUCACUUAUCUGCCGCGAUGUUCGGAGAUGUUAUGGGGUGGACGACGGAGGGGAUCCUGUAGUCACCGAGGGUGAUAGUGACACUCGAUAUCUGUAGGAGAUAUUGAACGUUGUCGAGUACACCGUGUCGUUGACAGGGUUGGAGAAAUCUUUGUUGGAGUGCGUUGACGCAGACAACCUAUUUCUGAUUAAAUUUUCUUUGGUGGUCAUAGGUACAGUCCUUGCACCAAAAACGGGUUGCGAUAUCACUUCGGGGUACUUGCACUCCCUUAAGGUUACCAGGGACAUUCGCCACAAGAACUGGGCAACUGUCGGGUUCAGGUAUCUGAUGAACUCAAUUUUCAGAUUCCGAAAUAAGGCCACGAAGAAUGUGUCUAGCUGCACCUUAUUCCUCCAGUUGGUGUACUUGACUCACGUGGAGUGGAACUUUGGAUAUGUCGACCGAACAGUGCUCCCCGUUGAUUUUUGGGGUAGUAAACAAUGUAAGUCCGCUUACAAAUUUGUGAAAGACAAUGGGGGUCCCAACAGCGACAAGAUAACGCUCACUUCGAAUCCCGUAAUACUGCCCAACUACUACUUCGACUCGGAAGGAAGAAAGAGCAGUGACCACUUUGUCAGCUCUAUGAACGAGUUGAAGGAGUACUUCUCCAAUGAGUUAAAGUCUCAGUUGAGAUCAUUUUCUUUGAAAUUUAUGGACAAAGGAGAAGGUGUAGGUGUUAUUGACCGAGAGUUGGAGGAGGAUGCUGCUGCGGAAGUGGGGAAGAAGGCGGAGUGCAGCCAGGCCGUGGAGGAGUCCCCGUUGAAGUCCCCUGUCCGUUCGAAGACUAAUGUUGUUGGUCUAUCUGAGGAAAAUGUGGUGGAAUCUGUAAGUACGCCUUCACUAUCUGCUACAAAAUCUGUUGAAGAUGAAGGUGCUGCACAUAAGACCUUCGACGAUGAGGACUUUGAUAUAGUCGAAGUGGCGUCUUUCUGGAAUAAAGGCAAAGCCCUCGUCAAAUCAAAGAAGACACAUUCAGAGAAUGUGCCUUUAAUUGAGGAUGACUUCAACGAUAAGGCCUACGAGCAAUUUAUUGAGUGGGGCAGAACUGUUGUCGGGCCUUUCAAGACGAAGGAAGCGAUCCCCCGUAACCAAUAUGGGUUUUACAAGUUUGUUUUUAGCAACACAUUAGAUCCGGGUUUGAAGUGGAUAGGAGGUGCAUGGCAUCGUUGCGACCCUUGCAAGAAGUUGAGGGAUCCAUCAUUGACUGUUUUUCUAUACUAAUGAACAAGUACGAACGUGAUAGUCGAUUAGCUGACCAACCUCGUGUUUGGUACAUGCCCACUCGCAUCUCGGUAAUUGCUUUGCUGUACAACUUAUUUUAAAUUUUGUAAUUCUUCAGUUUGGUUGUAAUUUCUGUUACUUGACAAGAUGAACAAUGCUUUUGCAGCAAAAAACUCUCGGUUCGUUUAAUGUGAAGAGGAUUGCGAAAGACCGGGAAUGGUCAAAACUAUUUUACGAAGACAACUUCCAAAAAUGCGUCAAGAUGUUUGUGCCGGUGUUGACUCUAGAAGGUGCACCACAUUGGUUUGAUGCCGAAGUUAAUAUGAAGUCCAAGGUUGUCUCAUUUCUGGACUCCCUACACACCGCAAUGGAUGAGAAGUAUCGUGUGGACGCUACGAAAGAAAUGAUAAAGUUGCAAAGUUUCAUUGUUUGAUGUGAACUCAUUCUUCAUUGAAUCUAACUAAUUGUAUAUGUUUGCAGUUGUCGACGUUGGACCUUUUGUUUGGGGAGAAUAGGUCGAAGAAUGUGACUUUCGUGGAUUUCGAAAUUGACAGGAAAGAUCGCGGGCUUCCUCAACAAGACAAUGACCGAGAUUGCGGUGUAUACGUCAUGAAGUACAUGGAGGCUGUGGCCAAUGAGGAAGAAGUAGUUGAUCAGUUUCACCCGGUUGAGGCACGUUUGGAAAUCGCUGCGAGGAUCAUAACUGAUGAACAAAAUGAAAUUCGUACCAAAGUGGUUGAAGAUCGUAGGGCUGCACAAGGCAGCUCAUUUGCAUCAUCCUCGGCCCCUUUGCGUAGUCCGUCAAAGUCUCCACGCGAUCCUCGGUUCAGUACAGCGACGUCUCACCAUACAAACAUGUUUCUCCCGUCAAGAGCCUCCCCUAGGUUUCAGUCUAGCAAGACUAAGAUUUCAUAUGGUGAAUAGUCUGUAAAAAACACUUGUGUUAUUAAUAGGUUGUGUUAUUACUGUGUUGUUUAGUUUGGAUUUGGGAGCAUAGGUUGUGUUAUUUGUGUGUUGUUUAGUUUGGAUUUGGGAGCAUUUGGAUUUAGACAUCUGUUUUUAUUAGUUGACGUUUAGAACUGGUUAUUAUGUUGACAGACUUGUGUUUAUUUUAGUUUUGAGAAUAUAUUAACUUUGAGAUUGCACCAUACUUAGCAAAUCUUUGUACUCACACCAUAACAACUCUUACAAUGUACCCAUACUUGAGAAGUACUUGAUUGUACUUCACAUAAAUUAUUCAACCCCAAAACUUUAUGAUUUGUACUAUACCAUUAGAAAUCACGACAAAGGUGACUUCUUAAUUUCCUUUAUUUGUUUUUU